AAUAGAUAAUAGUACAGAAGGAUGGAAAUGCAAAAUAUUGAAGGGACAGUUGUACCUUAUAAAGGAUUUAAUGUUCGACACAGAAGAGUAAGGUCUAACCCAGAAAAAAGCAGCUUUUUGCCACCGAUAACAAGUAGUUAUCAUAACAAUUACCAUAGCAACAAGUAUAGUAACAGUAACUAUAUCAAUAGUGGACAGAACAGCAUUAUUGAAGACCAUAGACUCCAUAGCAACCAUGGACAACACAAUAGUAACAGCUUAAACCAUCAGAACAAUCAAGGAAAUAUUCUAGAUCCAAUGAUAAGCCAACCAGAACAAAAAUAUUUUCAGUUCCAGUUUUGUACUGAAUGUAAAGUCACCUACAUUCAUAAAAGGAAGCAACCUGAAAAUGUUUUUCCAUCAAGUCAUUCCUCAGUUGAUCUGCUAGAUGUCUUGCUACAGUGUCGUUGCUCACAAUUACGGUGUACCGGAGCACGUCAUGCAUGCAAAACCCCAGUGCCCCCUAUGGUGGAAUAUGAAGAUAAUAAAAUGAGCAUCACUGGACCAUCAAAGGAAUUUGUAUAUAGGAAAUUUCCACGCAUGUCUAAACUCGUGGUAUAUGACAUAUUUGAACACUAUUUCUAAACUUCAA